UUGACGUUGUUAUGAACGGACAACGGACCGUCCGCAUUCUUCAGACGCAUGUCUUCGUCCUGUAACAAGAUUAAAUCGAUUAGUGAUGGGCAGAAGGGGACCGGAAAUUAUUUAUCCCUUCACAGUGGGAAGACGUGGUGGGUUCGUCAAGAAUUCGUUUGAAGAUAAAAGAGUCCUUGAAAUUAUGAAAAAUCCUGGUUUGCCAAAAUAUUUUGGCACCUUUAACCGAGAGACUCUUGACAAAAAGAUACUGGACAUGAACAAGGUUAAUUUAAAGGCAUCCCUCAAUACAAGACAGCUUCCCCCAAAUCUAACAGCCAGUGAGAAGAGGAAGCACAUACGAAAGAGCUUUAAAGAAUUUGAAAGUAGACGUUUGUUGGAAAUGCAGAAGGACUUUCCUGGAGUAGAGUUAUCGGUGCUUCGUGGUCAUCUCUUUAAGGAAUGGCAGUAUUCACCGGAAAAUCCGGUCGGCAAAAUAUGGGACUCGUUCAAUCAAACCAGGAAAGGUUUCUUGUGCUACUACAAAUUAUAGAUACUUAUCUCAAACAUGAAAUUAUGUAACUACUUUAUAUGUAGAUUAGAUAAAUCCAUCAUAAAGCCAUUAUAAAACUAG